GUUCAUUUGACGAGCACUACAGUAAUUGUGGUUAUAGUGUGGCCUUGGGAACCAAUGGAUUUACCUGGGAGCAGACCAAUACCUGGGAAAAGCCAACAAUGGAUCCUGCUGUCCCAACUGGCUCCUUCAUGAUGGUGAACAGCUCCGGGCGGGCAUCUGGGCAGAAAGCUCACUUGCUCUUGCCUACGCUGAAAGAAAACGACACGCAUUGCAUCGACUUCCACUAUUACUUAUCCAGCAGAGACCGUUCGAGUCCUGGCUCUCUGAAUGUCUACGUGAAGGUGAAUGGAGGACCACAGGGCAAUCCCAUAUGGAACGUCUCGGGGGUUGUUACAGAAGGAUGGGUGAAAGCAGAACUUGCCAUCAGUACAUUUUGGCCACAUUUUUAUCAGGUGAUAUUUGAAUCUGUCUCUUUGAAAGGACAUCCAGGGUACAUAGCUGUGGAUGAAGUCAGAGUUCUCGCCCAUCCAUGCAGAAAAGCACCUCACUUCCUACGACUUCAGAACGUGGAAGUUAAUGUGGGACAGAACGCAACAUUCCAGUGCAUUGCUGGGGGGAAGUGGUCGCAGCAUGACAAACUCUGGCUCCAGCAGUGGAAUGGAAGGGACACAGCAUUAAUGGUCACUCGAGUGGUCAACCAUAGACGUUUUUCUGCUACCGUCAGCGUAGCUGACACCUCUCAACGCAGUAUCAGCAAGUACCGAUGCGUCAUUCGUUCAGACGGUGGAUCUGGAGUUUCGAAUUACGCAGAAUUAAUAGUGAAAGAACCCCCAACUCCUAUCGCCCCUCCUGAGCUGCUGGCUGUCGGAGCCACGUACCUGUGGAUCAAACCCAAUGCCAACUCCAUCAUUGGAGACGGGCCCAUCAUUCUGAAAGAGGUGGAGUAUCGGACGACCACAGGGAAUUGGGCAGAAACGCACAUUGUAGACUCUCCUAAUUAUAAAUUAUGGCAUUUGGAUCCUGAUGUGGAGUAUGAGAUCAGAGUGCUGCUCACUCGCCCUGGAGAAGGAGGCACGGGGCCCCCUGGACCACCACUCACAACAAGAACAAAAUGUGCAGAUCCUGUCCAUGGACCGCAAAACGUAGAAGUUGUUGAUAUUCGCUCCCGGCAGCUGACGUUGCAGUGGGAGCCCUUUGGUUAUGUGGUGACCCGCUGCCACAGCUACAAUCUCACAGUCCAGUACCAGUAUGUAUUUAACCAGCAAAAAUUCGAGGCAGAGGAACUCAUCCAAACUUCUUCCCACUACACCUUGCGAGGUCUUCGGCCCUUCAUGACUAUCAGGCUGAGGUUAGCCCUUUCUAAUCCGGAGGGCAAAAUGGAAAGUGAGGAGUUGGUUGUGCAGACUGAGGAAGACGUUCCUGGACCCAUUCCCUUGGAAUCCAUCCAGGGAGGACCUUUUGAAGAGAAGAUCUAUGUUCAGUGGAAGCCUCCAAAUGAGACAAAUGGCAUCAUUACACUCUAUGAGAUUACAUACAAGGCCGUUGGGUCUCUGGAUCCCAGUGCUGACCUGUCCAGCCAAAGAGGGAAAGUCUUCAAACUAAGGAAUGAAACACAUCACCUCUUUGUAGGAUUAUACCCAGGGACUACGUAUUCAUUCACCAUCAAAGCCAGCACAGUCAAGGGCUUUGGGCCACCCAUCACAACACGGAUUGCAACUAAGAUUUCAGCACCGUCGAUGCCAGAAUACGAUACGGACUCCCCCCUGAAUGAGACUGACACUACCAUCACCGUUAUGCUGAAGCCCGCUCAGUCCCGGGGAGCACCUGUCAGUGUCUAUCAACUUGUUGUCAAGGAGGAGAAGCUGCAGAAAGCACGGAGAGCUGCAGACAUCAUUGAAUGCUUCUCUGUCCCAGUGAGCUACAAGAACGCUUCCAGUCUUGACUCACCACACUACUUUGCAGCUGAGCUGAAACCCAUCAACCUGCCCGUCACGCAGCCAUUCACAGUGGGUGACAACAAAACCUACAAUGGCUACUGGAAUGCUCCACUUUCUCCCCUGAAAAGCUACAGCAUAUACUUCCAGGCUCUUAGCAAGGCAAAUGGAGAAACAAAAAUCAACUGUGUCCGGCUGGCAACAAAAGCUUCUACCCAGAAUUCCAAUGCAGUGGAACCAGAAAAACAAGUUGACAGCACGGUGAAAAUGGCCGGAGUUAUAGCUGGUCUUCUGAUGUUUGUUAUUAUCCUCUUGGGGGCAAUGCUUACCAUCAAGAGAAGGAAGCUAGCCAAGAAGCAGAAGGAGACUCAGACCAGCACGCAGAGGGAGAUGGGUCCCGUGGCUACUUCCGACAAGACCUCUACCAAACUCAGUGCUGUUCACAAUGAAGAAGCUUUUUCUUCCAGCUGCCAAGAUGUUAAUGGAUUCACGGACAGUAGCCAUGGAGAGAUGACCCAGCCAACCCUGACUAUCCAGACCCACCCGUACCGGAGCUGCGAGCCGGUGGAAAUGUCCUACCCCCGGGGGCAGUUCCAGCCAGCCAUCCGAGUGGCCGACCUGCUGCAGCACAUCACCCAGAUGAAGCGAGGACAGGGCUAUGGAUUUAAAGAGGAGUAUGAGGCACUACCCGAGGGGCAGACGGCAUCCUGGGAUACAGCCAAGGAAGACGAAAACCGCAAUAAGAAUAGAUAUGGAAACAUAAUCUCCUAUGAUCAUUCAAGAGUGAGAUUGCAGCUGCUGGAUGGGGACCCUCACUCUGACUACAUAAACGCCAAUUACAUAGACGGGUACCACCGGCCUCGCCAUUACAUUGCAACUCAAGGGCCGAUGCAAGAGACAGUGAAGGAUUUCUGGAGAAUGAUUUGGCAAGAAAACUCUGCAAGUGUUGUCAUGGUCACCAACUUGGUGGAAGUGGGCAGGGUAAAGUGUGUUCGAUACUGGCCGGAUGACACAGAGGUCUAUGGAGAUAUUAAAGUCACAUUAAUUGAGACAGAACCAUUGGCAGAGUAUGUCAUACGCACGUUUACUGUACAAAAGAAAGGCUACCAUGAGAUCCGAGAGAUUCGGCAGUUCCACUUCACCAGCUGGCCGGACCACGGGGUUCCCUGCUAUGCCACAGGCCUCCUGGGCUUCGUUCGUCAAGUGAAGUUUCUCAAUCCCCCAGAAGCAGGACCCAUUGUGGUGCACUGCAGUGCUGGGGCUGGGAGAACAGGGUGCUUUAUUGCCAUCGACAUCAUGCUUGACAUGGCAGAGAACGAAGGCGUGGUGGAUAUAUUUAACUGUGUGCGAGAGCUGCGAUCCCAAAGGGUCAAUUUGGUGCAGACGGAGGAGCAGUAUGUAUUUGUCCAUGAUGCCAUUUUGGAGGCGUGUCUCUGUGGCAACACGGCCAUUCCAGUUUGUGAGUUCAGAUCCAUAUAUUACAACAUCAGCAGACUAGAUCCGCAGACCAAUUCCAGCCAGAUAAAAGAUGAGUUUCAGACUCUCAAUAUUGUGACACCGCGUGUUCGGCCAGAAGAUUGCAGCAUUGGUCUUUUGCCAAGGAACCAUGACAAGAACCGCUGCAUGGACGUGUUGCCCUUGGACCGGUGCCUGCCUUUCCUCAUCUCUGUGGAUGGCGAAUCAAGUAACUACAUCAAUGCUGCGCUCAUGGAUAGCCACAAGCAACCUGCUGCCUUUAUUGUAACCCAGCACCCUUUGCCCAACACCAUAGCAGACUUCUGGAGGCUGGUGUUUGAUUAUAACUGCUCCUCUGUUGUGAUGCUGAAUGAGAUGGAUGCAGCCCAGCUCUGCAUGCAGUACUGGCCAGAGAAGACAUCCUGUUGUUAUGGCCCAAUUCAAGUAGAGUUUGUUUCAGCAGACAUUGACGAAGAUAUCAUCAACCGGAUAUUCCGGAUCUGCAACAUGGCCAGGCCCCAGGAUGGAUAUCGCAUAGUUCAGCACCUGCAGUACAUUGGCUGGCCAGCAUACAGGGACACCCCUCCUUCCAAACGCUCCCUCCUGAAGGUGGUCAGAAGGUUGGAGAAGUGGCAGGAGCAGUACGAUGGGAGAGACGGACGCACUGUUGUCCACUGCCUGAACGGUGGGGGACGCAGCGGCACCUUCUGUGCCAUCUGCAGCGUGUGUGAAAUGAUUCAACAGCAAAAUAUCAUUGAUGUGUUCCACAUAGUGAAAACGCUACGGAAUAACAAAUCCAACAUGGUGGAGUCACUGGAACAGUAUAAAUUUGUAUACGAGGUUGCACUGGAAUACUUGAGUUCCUUUUAG